AUGGCUGUUGAGUCUUCUCCUUCCGAGACUUCCCCGUUGCUGGCAUCCGGCAACGGCGCUCCGUCCAACGGUACCAUCCCCGACAAUGUAGAGUCGGGGCAUCCUGAGGAGGAUCGCAAAGCGCCGCCUCCAGCUACGCAGACCCAGCUCAAAUACAUUAUUCCUGCGAUAUCUCUGGGCGUCUUCAUGUCGGCCGCUGACCAGACAAUUAUCAUGGCUAGCUAUGGCCAAAUUGGCAGUGAUUUGAAAGCCCUGAACUUGACCAGCUGGAUCGCGACUUCGUACUUCUUGAGUUUGACCUCGUUCCAGCCUCUAUACGGCAAGCUUAGUGAUAUCUUCGGCCGCAAGCCCUGUCUUCUCUUUGCGUAUGGAAUCUUCGGUACAGGAUGUCUGCUCUGCGGCCUUGCCCGAGACAUCAAUGAGCUUAUCGCGGCCCGUGUCCUCCAAGGCAUCGGCGGUGGUGGCAUGACGACUGUGGUCAGUAUUCUGAUGAGUGAUGUUGUUCCCCUUCGUGAUCGAGGCCUGUGGCAGGGUGUCAUCAACAUCAUCUAUGCAACAGGUUCCGGUACCGGUGCGCCGAUGGGGGGGAUUCUCGCCGACUACGUUGGAUGGCGGUGGGCCUUCCUAGCGCAGUUUCCGCUGUGUAUUAUUGCUAUCAUCGCAGUCUCGACCAUGCUCAAGCUCCCUGCGCGGGAAAGCGCCCACUGGAAAACCAAGCUACGACGCAUCGACUUCAUUGGCGCCCUCGUUCUUGUCUGUGCCGUGCUGUCCUUCUUAGUGGGUCUUGAUCGCGGAAGUAAUGUUUCGUGGAAGUUGCCCAUAACAGUUGCCUCGUUGGGGGCUUCGGCUGUCCUGUUCGUUAUCUUCAUUCUGGUUGAGAUAUACGUUGCAGCGGAGCCCUUUGCGCCGGGACACAUUAUCUUCAACCGAACUUUCUUUGCCUGUUACGGUUGUAAUUUCUUCAGUUUCGGGGGCUGGCUUGCCGCCUUGUUCUACAUCCCCUUAUACUUCCAAGCAGUGGAUGGUGUCUCUGCCACCGUUGCUGGGGUACGUCUUCUGCCGUGCAUUCUAUCCGGUGUCACCGGCUCUGUGUUUGCAGGCUUAUUGAUGAAAUGGUAUGGGAAGUAUUACUGGCUGACAGUCACUGCAUAUUCCUUUUUGACAACGGGUGUUUUCUGCAUUUAUCUGUUUUCAGGAGGCGCCGUGUCGAGUACAAUUCCCAUGAUCAUUGGCAUGGUGUGUGCCGCCUUUGGUAACGGUAUUGGUGUCACAACCACCUUGAUCGGUUUGAUAUCAAACGCUUCCUACGAAGAUCAAGCAGUUGUAACCGCGUGCUCAUAUCUCUUCCGCUCAUUAGGAUCUGUGAUUGGUCUCUCGCUAUCUUCGACCGUCGUUCAACAGCUUCUGCGGGACAGAUUGAGAACCGGUCUGCAUGACAACAAAAAUAUCGAUCAGAUUGUUGAGGGGGUGCGUCAAAGUCUCGAUUUCAUCAAGACCCUCGACCCCACAACUGCCAAGAUUGUCCGAGACUCUUACGGAUGGUCUACUAACAAGGGAUUCGCCUUCAUGGUAGUCGUGGUGUUCUUCGCUUUGCUGAGUGGGUGUUUCAUCCGCGAAAGCAAACUGAACCGGUAA